AGAUCGGUGAUUACUUAUUUGCAAAAGAUGUCAAAAUCGAAGAAAAACCGGGCGUUUUUGAAAUCACAUUUUUCUUGAAAUAUAAAGACUACAACUUUGAUAAUGAGAUGGACUGGGUUGAUGAUCAGACAAAUAGUUGGGAAUCGGUUUUAGAGGCAUUACUGCGAUGUGGCCAACUUUACGUGGGUGUCAACCCACUAGAUAUCAGAAGAAAUUUAGAAAUGAGAGAUCUUAUUCAAGAUUUAGAACAAAUUGAACGUCGUGCCAAUUCUUUGGUCGAAGAGGCCUCUAAAUAUUACAACGAAGGAAGUUUAUUUCUUGGAAAUCAAAAGAUGGAUGAAGCAGAGAACUUAAGAAAGGAGAUCGAGGUCGAAGAUGAGAAAAAUUACUUCAAGCUACUACUAUACAGGAAUAUGGAAAUUACCAACAAAAUCACGAUUGAUCUUCAUGGACAAUUUAGAUAUGAGGCAAUGUGGUUUUUGAAGCUUCACUUGUGGCUGUUCAACAAUUUACGUACUGGAAAGGAAAUUGUUGUGAUAACGGGACAUGCUGAAGAUCGAGAAACGAAACCGGUUUUGAAACCAAUGGUCAUUGGUUUACUAAAACGAUAUGGAAUUGAGCCUAAAGAAUUAAAUAAAGGCACCUUUGUUAUCACACUUCCUUCUGAAGCGAGAGAUUUCAAUUUUGCAUUGGACAUUUCCGACUGCCUCUGUUACUACCACCCUCCCGACGUUGCCGUUACCACCACCGGUGGCCGCAACCCCCUCUGCCGCCCUGCUUCUACCUUAAGCCGAGACAAGAAACACUACCCUUAUAUCUCUGCCACCAUCAACGCCACCGAUAGACAUCAUUCACUUGAAUUUCAACUCUUUCUCUCACCACCCUUACGAUCCCGCGUUCACUCCACCACCACCGACACUCAAUCCUGCCAUCAUCACGCAUGUCGAACCUUGGUAACUUCCAUUGCCUCUGUUGUUGCCACGAUUCUAGAAGCAGUACCGAUUUCAGGCCCUGAUUUUCACUCUCGAUUCCGAUUCGAAGGAUCAAUAAACUCUUGCUCCAAAGUGAACCCCUUUGUAGAGGAGCAAUCUGAUGACAAGAUUGUAGAUGAGGGAGGGGGUGAAAGGGAAUGGCUGCAAGGUGGGCGGGUGAGUUGUGGAGUAGAGUAG